AUAAAAACAAAAAAACCCUACAAUCUCUGACCCUUACCUCCCUCUCUCUCUCUCUCUCUCUGUCUCUCUGCCUGCAAGCUUUUCGCUUUCGGUCUUAGUCGAGUUGACUGAUUUGGAGGGCAACGAUGGAGACCGUGUCCCGCACCGACGCCGUGCUGCUUUCAGUGGCGGAGUCCAUAGCGGUUGAAGCCGCACUCCUUGCUCAAAGAUGCACGUGUUUGCUUCUCUUUCCGAUUGGAUCGUCGUGUCCUGGUGAUUCUGCAAUUGUCAAUGCAAGAAAUGUAGACCAAUGGUUUGUCUCUGCUGAAAUUGGUAGAGUGAAGAACGUUGCAGAAAACGAGGGUACUGCUGAAGCUAAGGAUGGUGGUGGUGAUGGUGAUGGUGAUGAUGAUGACUCGGAUGAUGAUGAUGAAGACGAGAACGAUGAUGAUGAUGAAGACGAGGAUUAUGAUUCCUUUGAUGAGGAUGACGAUGAGGUCGAGGCUGGUGGCGGGGCAAGUGAUGAUGAUGAUGACGACGACGAAGAUGAUGACGACGAUGAAGAUGAUGACGACGACGACGAGGAGGAAGACGAAGAUUCGGAUGAUGAGGACGAAUUACAAGACCAGCCACCAUCCAAAAAGAAAAAGUGAAAUAAAGACUGGGACUUUCAUGGAUCAUGGUCCCCCCAAGACUAGAAUUAAUUCUUUUAGUCAGGAAUGAUAUUUAGACUUUCAGGUUAAGCGCAAGAGCAUCACAGUUGAUUGUUUCUUCACCUUUCUUAGAUAAUUUUCCCUCAGUACUGGCUCCAGUUGAAGAGGAUAUUCGUCAGGUUUCAAUACACAGUAAAGCAAUUGGUCCCUCUUAAGAUCUUGGAAGUUAACUAUGGUCCUUUGGUGAUGUUAAGAGAC